UUGAAGGGGGGGCACCCUCUGCCGGCCGCCUCCUGGGACCCAGACGGUACGGUGGGGCAGCAUGUGGGUCACAGCCCUCCUCCUCCUCCUGCUGCUGCUGGUGCUGCUGCUGGGACGACGAGGGGCGUCGCGGCUGGAGCCUGCCGGCCGGGCCGUGCUCAUCACCGGCUGCGACAGCGGCUUCGGGCACCUGCUGGCGCUGCGCCUGCACCGCCUCGGCUUCACCGUGUUCGCCGGCUGCCUCUGCCCGGGCGGCGCCGGGGCGCGGCGGCUGCAGCGGGAGGCGGCCGCCGGGGCCGGGCGGCUGCGGGUGCUGCGGCUGGAUGUGACCUGCGGCCGCGACGUGCAGGCGGCCAAGGAGCUGGUGCUGAGCCACCUGCCCGAGAGAGGUUUUUGGGGGCUUGUGAACAAUGCAGGAAUAUCAACAUUUGGUGAGACAGGAUGGCUGUCUAUGGAAAAAUAUGAAAAAUUUACAGAUGUGAAUCUUCUUGGGAGCAUCAGGACAACCCUGACAUUUCUUCCCCUUCUGAGGAAAUACAAGGGACGUAUUGUCUUCAUGUCCAGCAUUAUUGCCUAUUUUGCUUUGGGAAAUGGCAUUUAUUCUAUGACCAAGGCAGCUAUUGAAAAAUUUUGUGAUGCCUUAAGACUGGAAAUGAAGAAGUUUGGUGUUCAGGUCUCUAUUAUUCAGCCAGGAAACUAUGCACGCUCUACCAAAAUCCAGCCACCAGUCAGUGCUGAAGAGAUUUGGAAUGAACUCAGUGAAGAGGAAAAGGCAGUUUACAACAAGGAGUAUGUUCAAGAGCGGGCAAACUUUUUCAACAACAUCCUCAGCGAAGGAAGCCCUAAUGGCAAUGAAGUUGUAGAUGCUAUGGUUGAUGCUUUAAUGUCUCCUGCACCCAAGGCACGUUACAUGGUAGCAAGGCUAAAGGAAAAAGCACUGGUGCUUGUAUGUGCUUUACUUCCAACUACUGUGAUGGAUUUUUUUCUGUCUUAUGCACUGAGUAAAGUCAAGCUUACAUAGCCAGCAUUGGUAUCAUUUAGUGACUCAGGCUAGGCAAUUUUUUAAACUGCGAAAGCCAUGGCUCCAUGUAAUGCCCCCAGAAAUCAUGUUAUGACACCGACUAACUGAUGCAAACUUUGGAGCGUCUCCCUGCUCAGAACUGUCACUUGUUCAUACAGAAGAACGUGUAGGACCUCAAGUAAAAUUCACACAGUUGUCUAGUAACUGUAUUUCUCUUGUAGAGAAAGAACAGGGCCACUUACACUACUUUAGGUAUUGCCUAGAAAAUUUAAUGCAGCUUUUCCUAAUACAAUACCAAAUUACUGCGUUAGAGACAUGACAGAGGCAAAAUGGAGCAUAUCCUACAGGGCAACUGCAUACCUGAAAUCAGUAUGGCAGAGAUGAAAGCAUCUUAUGUGUAGGAGCCUAAAUAGUAAUUUAUUAGAGGUGAUGGGAAGAGGCUAAUGGAAAAAUGAGGAAUGAGCAACAGACCUUGAAACACUUUGAAUGUAGCUGUGACUUUAGAAAGUUAGGAAGUGUUAAAUGAGUAAUCAAGUUGUAUUCUUAGCAACGAAACAGUAGCUUGGCUAACUGCAGUUCAGUGCUUAUUCAGGUGUUAGGGAUAAAUCUGUAACAAAGCCAAUGUGUGAUGGACUUUGAAAAAUAAGUAGCACAUUCUAUUUACAACUGAAUAUUC